AUGCUGAUCAAGUUUAAUACUGACUUACUAAUAACACUAUCAUGUUCUGAAAAAGAUGGAAAUAUUAUUCAUUCAUUAUUCCAGAAGAUGGUUUCAAAACUAUAUUAGUCGAGACAUUCAAUUCUGAAUGAAUCAUUUACAAAAAGCUUUUAUGCAAAUUCUAAUUAUGCAGCUAGGAAACUCUAAUACACCUUUUAUUUUGAAUUUUCUCUGACUAUUGAGAAAAAAUAUUGA